AUGCCGGUUACAUGGUUACAGGUUCAUCACACUGAACAGGAGAUGUCUUCCCGAGAUGACUUCCAAGACUGCCACCCACUCACUUAUUUCUGCCGGUUACAUUCCAAGCAGUCAGAUCCUCUGUACGGUCCCCGGGGGAUGAUCAGCUCGCUUAUCUCUCAGCUCGCGCAUGGAGGUAGUCUUGUCUGGGGGUUUACUGCUGGUUGGGCCUCUUAUAGGGACGGGCGCUAUCUUCCAUAUGACACCGCAAGGAUUUCCAACGCCCAUGAUGGGAGGCCUGCCAUUUCCACAGCAAUGAAGGGUUAUGAAGGGUAA